GUUAUUUAAUUUGGAGCAGUUCUUUCUUAUCUCGACACUGCACGGCACGGAGGAGUUAAAGGGACGGCAGCGCACCGGCACCUCCUCUCACACAGGCAGUCCCCCCACCCACCCAGCGUGCGAGGCGAUCAAACCGUGUGCGGCCGUGCGGGCAUGGCGGCCACGCUGCUCCUGGCCUCGGCGACCGCGCUCCUGGCGCUGGCGGCGGCGUGGUUCUGGGACUACGUCGUGGUGCGCCUCCUUUGGCGGCCCCGCGCCGUGGCCGGCAUGUUCAGGGCGCAGGGGGUCCGCGGGCCGCCCUACAGCUUCCUCAGCGGCUGCAACCGCGAGAUGAGGAGGAUGAAGGCGGAGGCCGACGACGGGCUCCGGCUGGACGUCCGCGACCACAACUACCUCCCCAGGGUGAUGCCCCACUUCCUCGCCUGGAAGCAGCAGUACGGGGAGCCAUUCCUGUACUGGAUGGGUCCGCGGCCCCGGGUCUGCCUCUUCGACUACGAGUCGGUAAGGCAAGUUCUUUUCAACAAGUCCGGCCAUUUCUUCAAGGACGACGCCCACCCGACUAUCCUGGCAAUGAUGGGCAAAGGGCUGGUCCUGGUGGAAGGCACCGACUGGGUGCGCCAUCGGAGGGUGGUCAACCCAGCCUUCGCCAUGGACAAGCUCAAGAUGAUGACGGAGACGAUGGUCAGCUGUGCUGAGCCACUGAUCAAGCGGUGGGAACAGCUCGCAGCAGCCAGCAGAUCCAGCGAGGACGGUGGGAGGGGAGAAGUGCAAGUGGAGUUCAGCAAGCAGUUCCAGGACCUGACGGCGGACGUUAUCGCCCACACCGGUUUCGGAAGCAGCUACAAGGAGGGCAAAGAGGUGUUCCAUACGCAGAAGCAGCUCCUGGCGCUCGCCAUGGCGACUCUCCUCAACGUGCAGCUGCCAGGAUUCAAGUAUCUCCCUACCAAGAACAACAGGCUAAAGUGGGCGCUAGAAAAGAAGAUGAAGACAACGCUCAUGGCGAUCAUACAGUUGCGGGUGGCAUCCAAUGGAAGGAGUAGUGGAUACGGAAACGACCUGCUCGGCCUGAUGCUCGAGGCCUGGCUCACAGCGGAACGAGGAGGGGAACGGGACGAGUUGAGCCUGACCAUGGACGAGAUCAUAGACGAGUGCAAGACAUUCUUCUUCGCAGGCCACGAGACCACGUCCCAUCUGCUCACCUGGACAAUGUUCUUGCUCAGCGUGUACCCGGAAUGGCAGCAACGGCUAAGGGACGAGGUCCUGAGAGAGUGCGGACAGGCAAACCCUACUGCAGACACGCUUAACAAAUUCAAUGAGAUGACGAUGGUGCUCCUCGAGACACUGAGACUCUACGGCCCUGUCAUGCUCAUGCUAAGAAAGCCUACCUCCGACAUAAGGCUGGGCAGCCUCAGCAUACCGAAAGGCAACGGGAUCGCCAUACCUGUCCCGUUCCUCCACCGAGACAGAGAGGUCUGGGGCGACAACGCCAAUGACUUCGACCCGUUGAGGUUUCAGAACGGGGUCACGAACGCGGCCAAGACCCCGCAGGCUCUUCUGUCGUUCUCGAUCGGGCCGAGGGCAUGCAUCGGCCAGAACUUCGCGAUGCUGGAAGCGAAGUCGGUGAUGGCCAUGAUCCUGAAGAAGUUCUCCUUCACGCUUUCCUCGAGCUACGUGCACGCGCCUGUGGAUUAUAUCACGCUCCAGCCUAAGUUCGGCCUUCCCAUAGUUUUGAGGCCACUCCCGGAUGUAUGAUGAUGUGAAAUGGAUGUGUGUAUGUGUGUAGCCUGAUAGCUGAUUUUUUUUUUGGGGUCUAAGUAUACAUAAGAGGUCAGUAUUCAGGACUUGGUUUCAUCCGCCAAACAGUAAGGCUAAAGAACCAAAACUUGUUGAAAACUGGUAACUUUCUGGGAUUUUAUGCCCGUAUUAUGUAUAUAAAUAUAUAAUGCUACAUAGAACUUUGUAUUCGGAGUUGGUUCUGAGUUGAA